GGGACGUCAUAUCUCGCGAGAAAGUGCAGUAUAUAUAUAGAUCUAUCUAUACACAAGCAAAAUGGCUCCCCUUGGUCUAUGUUGGCCUGACGAAGUUGAUGUUUUCUCUGUACCACAUUCCAGAAUGAAAACUCUAGUCGAUACUUAUAAAAAUUUGAUUACUUCAACAGAUUUCAAUGAUGGACAAAAUCUUCAAGUACUCUUGACAAAUCUACAAAAUGUUUUCUCAGAAUUUAAAGCACAUGAACACAUCGAGAAUAGUUUAAUAAUGAAGAGGCUGAAAAUAAAGUUGCGCGCAGCUUCAGUCACAAAUGCAGCUGUCUGUAACUGUCACAAUGACAAUAGACUGUCUGAAAUGCUUCACCUGGUUCUGGAUGGCUACAAAUUAACUCAGAAAACCAAAACAGAACGUCAGAACUAUGGGGACAGACUUAAAAAGGCUUUGGAAGACUUUACUAAAAAAUUUAUUCCGCACAUGGAGGAAGAAGAAAUGGUAUUUCAGCCAAUGCUCAUGCAAUAUUUUAGUUAUGAUGAGUUAAAGGAAUUAAAGGCAAAAGUAAUUGAGCAACAUGAUAUGUCCAAAAGCCAAGAAGAAAGCAUUCAGGAAAAAUAUGUUGACGACUCUAAAGAAUCUGAUGGUGAACAAAAUAGGGUUGAGAAGGAAGAUCAUUUUUCCAAGCUACCUAAUGAAAUCUGUCAACAAAUUUUUGCUCUGCUUGGCCCAAAAGAUUUAGUGAAGAUUUCUCAGGUUUCUAAGAGAUGGCAACAUGUGAGUAAGGACCCAGCCCUUUGGUUUCGUCUCUAUCCAGUUCACUGGGCUCAAGGGAAUUGGAGUUUUUAUCCUGAGCCUCAGGGUGGUGUUGAUGGACCCGGAGUAGAUGUCAAAGUACUGAAGAGGUUCUCUGAACUAGGUUCCUUUUCUUGUCUUGAUGAAGAUGCAGACUUUGAUGACUCUGAAGAUAGUGACGGAGCUGAAGUUGAUGACCCUGAAAGUCAUAAGCAGAUUUUAUCAGAGGCCAAAAUGUUAACUGCUAUAGUCAAAUAUUUGCUGCCAGUGGUUGGUGAAGGUGUAAAAGUUUUUGACUUAGCUUAUAGUCGAGGACUCAGUAAUAACUUGGUUCACAAGAUUCUAAAGCUGUGUCCUAACUUAGAAGUGUUUGAUUUGACUCACACAAAAGUUGGAGAUGAUGCAUUUAAAGAGUUUGGGGCUAACAACAAAUCAUUCAGACUGCGUUACUUAGAUCUAACAGGAUGUGAUAACAUAACUGAUCUCACUUUGUUUAGUUUGGCCAACAAAGUUCUCUCAGAAGACACAAACCAUCAGGUAGAAAUUGAAAACUUGCCAUACAAUUGUCCUCUACGUCAGUCUCUUUGUUGCAAAAAGUAUCCAACUGCUGUUAAAGAAACUAUUUCCUACAGUAGCCAUACUGAGUGUACAAACACAGAGAAUGUUAAGUCUAACAUUUGUGAAGAAAAUUUUGUGUCAGAGACAUGUGACUUAAGCUAUGUUUAUUUGGACAUGCUCAUCGAGUCUGAUGGAAAUCUACUCCCUCCUAGCUCAACAACUUACCAGGACAACGUUUCAAGGCUCAGCCAAGAGUUUUGCUGUUUAAAUUGUGUUGGCACUGUGGACCAAGCUGGCCUCUCUUUGUCUCCAAAAAUAUGUGGCACUGGGUGCAAAUGUCCUGGCCAAACAGUUUCUGUGACAAAUUUGUGUGAUACUCAACAAUCUUUAUUUGAUAAAAAUUCAUCUCAUGCUAUGAAAGGCUUGUGUAGCUUGGAAUUCCUCAGUUUAAAUGGCUGCUACAGAAUUUCAGAUAGUGGUUUAUGUGCUCUAGCCAUCGGACAAGGUACACCUAAUCUUACUCAUCUGGAUGUCUCAGGGUGUAUUGCAAUAUCUGGAUAUGGUUUAUCUAAGCUUGUCUCAACCUGCCUUAGACUUGACCAUGCGCAUUUGUUUUACUGUGACAAUAUUCAAGAUGAUCCCUACAGAAGUACAGCAAGUGGUUGUAGAAAUGUUGAAUGUGGAAGCAGAUUUUGUUGCAGCAUGGGCCAAUGAUUGUUGAUGCUCUGUAUUCCACAAUGAUGAGGGGAAGUUAGGUGAACAUCAGUAGCGGAUUCUUACAUAUUUUUUAAAUGGGCAAACCAUUACAAAUAACCAGAUGUUCUAAUGGAUGUCUACUUCUCUCUUCUACUGCAUGCCAUGUAUACUGUUAAUAAGUGAUGUUUAGUCUACAGCUUUUGGAACUAAGGUCAAAUGUUCCUAACAAAAGGAAAGACAUUUAAGCUUUGCUUAGGUUGUAGCUACCAAGUACCUUUCACUUCUUUGCAUGUUUUAAUAGGCUUAAUGUUGACAUCAACAUAUUGCCACAAGCUUUUGUAUGAUUUUAUAACUUGAUACCAAAAAUAGAAUAAUUAGGGCAUGUCGAGAUUUUGUUUUUGAAACUUUAUUAUUAGUUUGCAUAAAACAUUAAUGUAUAUAUUAUAUGGCUACAGUUAACGCCAGAGUUUGCUUAUAUUUUAUAAUGGUAUAUUUCUGCACAUUACAUAGAAACAAUUUUCAUUAUUGAAAAUCUCUGCUACUAAAUUACCUUUGACUAUAUUUUUAGUUUUAUAUGCAUCAAGCCAUCUAUAAGUCUAUUACAGAAUUGAUCUGGUUGUGUAGGCAUAUAUCUUCAAACAAUCUAUGCAGAAUUACUUUAUCUAGUCUUUGUUCUGUAUUGAGUUGUUCAUUGUGCUAUGUAUGAUAAAUAAAGUUUUCUCUUUACUCAAAUCUA